AUGUAUUUCUUUUCAUCUUUGACGAAAUUCUUUUCGCUUUCAUUCCUCUUAAUUCUCAAUUCAUUCAAAUCUCUCUCUCUCUCUCUCUAUCUAUCUAUCUAUCUAUCUCUGUCUCUCUCUCUCUUUCUCUCUCUUAGUCUUGUUCUGCCCCCACUCACUAUCGUUCUGUUUUCUCCCCGUCCUACUGUUUCGCCCUUCCCGCCAAAAAUCAUUCAGCCUUCUCAUCUGAACCUCCAUUUGCAACCGGCAAAUAUUUCUCCUAUCUACAAGCGUCUAUUGCCAAACUCGAUGCCAUUUUGUUCUCACUGUAAUUUUUAUUCGAUAUUUUUUUCUCUCUCUCUCUCUCUCUCUCUCUCUCUCUCUAUCUAUCUAUCUAUCUAUCUGUCUGUCUGUCUGUCUGUCUAUCGCAGCAUCCUUUGUUUUAUGAUUGCCCGUAAAUUAAUAAAAGCCGAUAUUUUAUCCAAUCGCCGGCGGCCAUUCACUGCAUUUUUAUUUGCUUUCAAGACAACUACAAAGAUCAAUUUUGCCAUUCUAUGCUACACAUUCAUACAAUUCGACGAGUAA